UCAUGAGAAAAUUGAAGUAUCAUGAACAGAAAUUGCUGAAGAAGGUUGACUUUAUAUCAUGGGAAGUUGAUAACAACCUACAUGAAGUAAAAAUUAUGCGGCGUUACCACAUUCAAAAGAGGGAAGAUUACACAAAGUAUAACAAAUUAAGCCGUCAUGUCAGAACCUUAGCCAAUAAGAUCAAGCAGCUUGACAGCAAGGAUCCAUUUAGGAAUCAAUGCACAAAUCAGAUCUUAAACAAGUUGUACAACAUUGGAAUCAUAGCAACCAAACAGAAUUUAGCCCUCUGUGAUAAUGUGAGUGCAUCAUCAUUCUGUAGAAGAAGGCUUCCUGUUGUCAUGGUCAAGUUAAAGAUGGCAGAGAAGGUGGAGUCAGCAGUCAAGUUUGUUCAGCAUGGCCAUGUGAGAGUCGGUCCAGAAUUAGUCUUGGAUCCAGCUUUUCUUGUUACGAGAUCAAUGGAAGAUUUUGUAACGUGGACUGAUACAUCAAAGAUCAAGAAACACAUUGUGGAAUACAACGAAGAGAGGGAUGAUUUUGAUCUGAUGUGAACGAUGCUCAGAACAGCUAAUGGCUACUCACAGAGGAUAAUUAUUAAGGAUGAAGAAAAGGAACACAUUUUCGACUGGAGGUUGGCCCAAUCGUUGCUCUAGGAGAAUGCUGUUGACAGAGAUGCCAAGUUCAAAUACCCAGAUAUGCUUGAGAUUUUCUAUGACUGCAUGAGAUCUCAGCCAUUGUGUGUCAUGUAUAAUUAUGGGGAUAGGCUGUGAUACUCGCAUGGCAAAUAGAUUUGAGCGGGUGAGCAAGAUAAAUGCAGGAGACUCACACAUAAUGCAUGAGACUUGGCAUGUCUGCGUUGGUAGCUAUAAAAGUGCUUCCUCUGGAUGUAUACACUGCUGGACCAAUUGGUAUGAAAACAGCGGGUGAGAGAG